AUGGACCUGAUUUCUACUAUUAACCAGGAAUCAUGCAUGAAAUAUGUUGUUGUUCGUUGGAAAAAUCUUGAGAAUGGAAUUCAGUUUUCAAAUACGGAAUUGUUCCAUUUUCUGAUGUCUAUCGAUUAUGAUGUGUUAGAUUCGAUUUUCCAUUUGCAUACAACUGAUUCGGAAUCAGCAAUUCUUUUGAAGUUGGCAAACGAAAAGGAUGUAAUGCAACUUUGCAUGGAUUCUGAGCUCCUUGAAUCAGGAUUCUUUGUGAAUCGACUAAUCGAUUUGAAUGGAAUCCGUCUUCAAGUCCCGGAAAGAGAGAAAAUUGCUGAAGAAGAAUUGAAAAUCAUAGAGAAUGGAAUAUCGGAACUCGUAGAGAACGCAGUUUUCACAAUUUUUGGCUCAUAUAAUUCGAAGGUUCGUCGGAAUGGAUUCUCCGAUAUUGACUUGGCAGUUUCGUCGAGAUCUUCGGAUCGCACGGAUGUUCGUCCCGUUGACAUGAUUAUUGAGAACCCAAAGUGUUUACUGGAACACCCCUUGUCACAUGCUGAAUUUUAUUCUUAUCCACCGGAAGAAGUCAUCAGAGCCAUUUACAAAUGCUUUCUUGAUAAUGAGGUGUUCCAAAACAGAUUCAAAAUGAGAGCACAUUUAGUGGAAACUCCUAUUGUCAUGCUAGACAGCACAAAAGUUCCAGAAAUGAAGAAAUUCCAUGUGAAAGGAGACACAGAAGUGUCUAAAAAGGGAGACCUACCAAUUGCCAGCACAGCAAAUAAAGUGCAAGAAAGCCCUGAAGAUAAGAAAAUAAGUCAGCAAGGAUCAGUGAAAAAAGAAACAUCAGUACAAAAUCCAGAAUUUAAAAAGGAUGAUGGAAAAUCACAAAGGACAGAGAAAAAUGAGAAAAAUAAGAAACCAUUGAUAUCCGUGGAACCUUUUGGAGACUUGACGUUCAAAGUGGAAUCUGAAUCACAGAUUAGGUUGACGUUCAAGAAUAUUUCCGAAGAGAAGAUCAUGUUCAAAAUCAAAGUUUCGGAUCAGGCAUAUACAAGUUUUGUUUUCAGUGUGAAUCCAGUAUUUGGAACUUUAGAAGCUGGAGAAUCAUCGGAUGUAGUUGUCACUCAUUUUUCCUCGCCGUGUAAAGAAGCCAAAUUGGUUACUGUGAAUUCGAAAUAUGUCGGCGAGAUAGAUUUAGCCAAGUCGUUUCGAAAUGCCAAACCAACAGGAGGACCGGUUACGAUAAAUCUAAUAGCUAACUGA